UAUUUUUCCCAUUUCCAUCCUCUGGAAAUUGUAGUGGCUGAGAUUGCUUUUCACACUUUUGAACCGUUUCUGUUUUAGGUCUCCCAUAUCUUCUUGAUAAUUGACUGCUUUACUCUCUCUGCUCUAUCUCUCCGAUCCACCAUUUCCUUCUCUCUCAUCAUGAUCAAUUAACUGCAACCUCAGCUUUUACGGAUUUUCAGCAUCUUCUCCAUUGAUUCUGCUCAAGUAUUCUCUUGCUUUCGUGAGAGAUGAAAGGAAAGUGCAGUUUAGGCAGGAUCUGAAGCAGCGGUAACUGCUUUAGUUCAGUAGGAUGGAUACUUGUUCAUCUGGAGAAGAUUUGACUAUUAAGGCAAGAAAGCCAUAUAUAAUUACCAAGCAACGAGAGCGAUGGACUGAGGAGGAACAUAAUAGGUUCCUGGAGGCUAUAAAACUUUAUGGACGAGCCUGGCAGAGAAUUGAAGAACAUAUAGGAACAAAGACUGCUGUGCAAAUCCGAAGUCAUGCGCAGAAGUUCUUCACAAAGUUGGAGAAAGAAGCUGUUCUUAAAGGGAUUCCUGCAGGACAAGCUCUGGACAUUGAGAUUCCUCCUCCGAGGCCUAAGAGGAAGCCAAGUAAUCCUUUUCCUCGAAAGACUGCAGCUGUUGGACCUCUCUCUGCUGCGGCGGAGACAGCCGAUGGGAAACUACCACCUUCUGUUACCCCUGAUAGUCAAAUAUUGAAUAUCGAGAAAGAACCACUUCCUGAGCAGAAACCCCAUGGGAACAGCAGCUCUGGAACUGUUAACAUUGGUGAAGAAACAUACAAUUCUUCCAUGACCAUGGCUAGCGAAAACUGCAUUCCAACUCCAUUAGUGAGAAAGGAGCUGGUCUACCAAAACAAUAAUAGCUGUUUUUCCUUUGAAGCUGAGGCUGAGGCAAAGGAAAAGGAAAAGGCUGUUCCUGUUGGACUCAAUCUAAAUCAUAUGAUCCCUGACUCAACUAAUUCAUAUCCUCAUCAUUCAAACAUUUCUUCUUCACAUGUCAAUGAGGAACUGAAUCAUAAUAGAGAUACCAAUCCAGCUACAUGUACAACAACUGAUCACCCGCCGCCAUUUCCAUCUUUCCAUCCCUUCUUUAGCCCUCCUGUUUGCCAUAAUCAACAAGAUUAUGACUUCAGAUCAUUCUUUAACAUGCCAACAUUUUGGAAUCAAAUCAUAUCAGCUCUUCUUCAAAACCCUGCAGCACAUCGCGCAGCUACUCUCUCGGCUACCCUCUGGCCUCUCGAUCAAAAUUUAGAAACUUGUCAUCCGGAUCAUCCAAGCAUGCAAGCCAUUGUCGCAACUACAGUAGCAGCUGCAACCGCCUGGUGGGCAGCCCACGGACUUAUUCCUUCAUGCACUCCAUAUAUUAAUUCCAGUGCCAAACCAGCUGCUACUGCUGCUGCUGCUAACCAUGAUAAAGCCGGUUCGAUUGAGAUUGACGAUCCUAACAAGUUAAAGGAUAGAAAACCGGUUGAUCAUUCUUCAUGCGGCUCGAAUGCAUCAGGUAGCGAGAUAGAGAUUGAAGUCCUCCCAAAAGAAGACGACAACAAUGCAAACCAUCUAAUUGGUGACAGUUUGAAUCGUCGGUGUAAGAACUCUUCCAUAAUCACCGAUUCGUGGAAGGAAGUCUCUGAAGAGGGACGAGUGGCCUUUCGUGCACUUUUUUCUAGAGAAGUUCUUCCACAGAGCUUCAAAUAUCCUCCGAUAGAUAACGUUGAAUAUGCAUUACGGUUAGGACUCAACACUCAGUAUGCUGUUGUUCAAGAAAGCAUGAAUAACAACAAUAAUAACAAUAACAAUAUAGUGAAACAAAUGAAUGAUGGUGAUCAAGAAAGUAUGCUUGAUUUAGAACUGGGUCUUAGUAAGCUAAAUAAUAAUAAUAAUAAAGCAGGUCGUAGGACUGGAUUCAAGCCUUAUAAAAGGUGUUGUAGUACAGUACUGGAGGCGAAAGAUACGAUGACGACAAUAAAUUCAAAUGGUGGGGAAAAAAACCCAAAGCGAAUAUGCUUGGAACAGCAGGUUUUGUCUUGAGAGGUACCAUUACCACCAGCAGCUUAUUAUUAUUUAUAUAUCCCAUUUUCAUUGCAUACACGAUAAACUUGUUUCUUGUAUAAAAAAUUGCUUUCGGAUAAUGUGUAUUUGUUUUCCUUCUUUUAAGUGUAUAUUAGUGACUUUCUUUUC